UCUCUGCUCGCUUUUCUCUCUCUCUCUCUCUCUCCCUCUCUCUCUGUAUCGCAUGUACAACGGACAAGCCCACGUCAAUAUUAAAACAACAAAAAAAAAAAGUGGGGUUCCAGAGACGAAGAUCAAUUCGGAAGCCUGCCUCUCAUUGAUUCCCCAUCUGGUCGGCGGCCGGCCGGAGCAAGACCUUUUUCACGCCCCCCAAAAUCCGUCUUCCGGCAAGAGUUUUCGGUUUGUUACUGCCGAUGUUUGUCUGCCUUCUCGAUUUCCGUCGUCUCUGCGAUCUGAAUCUGAUUCCCUUUUCUUGUCUUUUUGACUGCUGCGAAAGAAAUUCGAUCGGGUUGGAGAUCCUGCAGAAAACCUGAUUUGGCAGGGGAGUUGGUUUGAGUAAAGAGGCAAAUGGAGUUCUUUGACUCUGAACACCCCUCGUGAAGGCUCAUCAUACUUUGAGAACUUUUGAGGGAUGGAACAGGUAGGUGCCCGAAUCGCCUCUCCGAUGUUUGCACACCAGCCUCUUGUGUAUGAGGGGCAUGCCAUACCAAAGAGGAAGCAUAAUUUAUUGUUUGAGCCGCCAAAUUACCAGCUGCAACAGGGGGAAUCCGGUUUUCAAAUCCCCGCAGGCGACUGGAACUCUAAGAAUUGGAUCUGGGACAGUGUCCGGUUCAUUGCCAAACCAUUGGAAUCCGAUGUAUUCCCUCUUGGGGCUAAUGCAAACUCAGUGCAGUCUGAACAACAGCAAAUAAGUGACAGGGAAGAUGGUGGGGUUCCUUCAUUAUCGAAGAAAAGUGGUUUAGAUGAUGAGGAUGAGACCCUUCGGUUGAACCUAGGUGGUGGGGGCUUGAGUUCUUUGGAGGAGCGAAUGUCAAAGCCCAAUAAGAGAGUCAGAUCGGGAUCUCCUGCUGGGCGCACCUAUCCGAUGUGUCAGGUUGAUGAUUGCCAGGAAAACCUGGCAAAUGCUAAGGACUAUCAUCGCCGGCAUAAAGUUUGUGAGACUCACAGCAAAUCAAGUAAAGCAUUAGUAGCAAAACAGAUGCAAAGGUUCUGCCAACAGUGCAGCAGGUUUCAUCUUCUUUCUGAGUUUGAUGAGGGGAAACGGAGUUGUAGGCGUAGGCUUGCUGGGCAUAACCGGCGAAGGAGAAAAACUCAGACAGAGGGUGUUUCCUCGCAGAUAUUACCCUCUGUUGACCAUAAUAAAACUGGCAAUGCGGAUUUAGAUAUAGUUAAUUUGCUAAAAGUUUUAGCUCACGCACAAGAGAACAAAGAGGUUAAAAGCACUAAUUGGUCAUCGCUACCUAGCAAGGAUCAAAUCAUUCAGAUUCUCAGCAAGAUAAGUUCAUUGCGUUUGCCACUUGAUUUAGAAGCAAAGUUAGCUGCAUUGGGAAAUAUAAGUAGAUCCAUUCCUGAACAAGCAUCUUCAGAUAACCAUAGCAGGUUGAAUGGAAACAUGUCCUUUCCCCCUACCAAGGAUUUACUUGCUGUCAUGUCGACCACUCUGCCAGCCUCUCCUCCUGAUCCCCCUGCAGUUCUGUCCGAAGGAAACAACCAGGAUGUUGAUACAGAUAAGUUUAAGCUGGCCUGUAGGGACCAAGCAUUAAAUAUUCACACACGAAAGGAAGUUGCUCCUGAGUUUCCUUCGGCUGGAGGAGAGAGUAGCAGUUCAACUUACCAGUCUCCUGUUGAGGAUUCAGUUUACCAAGUUCAACAUUCUGGGGCAAAUUUACCUUUGCAGCUGUUUGGUUCCUCACCUGAAGAUAAUCACCCAACAAAACUGGGGCGUUCAAGAAAGUACUUCUCUUCUGACAGCAGUAAUCCCAUUGAAGAGACAUCGCAUUCAUCUUCUCCAACUGUUGUGCAACAACUUUUUCCAAUGCAGACCACAAGAGAAGUUGAUGCAGAGAGGAUCUCGACAGGUGGAGAAGUUAGUGGAAAUAUUGAAGGCAGUAAUACUAAUCGUUGCUUUGCAUCUCUUGAGCUUUUUGGACGGCCAAAUAAAGGUGCUAGUAAUGUUUCAUUUAAAGGCUUGCCAUACCAGGCAGGGUCCAUGUCCUCCUCUGGGUCUGAUCACUCACCAUCUAGCUUCAAUGCUGAUGUGCAGGAUCGGACUGGAAGGAUAAUAUUCAAACUAUUUGGCAAGGACCCCAGCCAAUUACCUGGAACAUUGCGAACUCAGGUCUACAAUUGGCUUUCUUACAGUCCAUCAGAAAUGGAGAGUUACAUUAAGCCUGGUUGUGUGGUCCUAUCCAUUUAUAUGUUGAUGUCAUCUUCUGCUUGGGAGCAACUUGAAGCAAACCUUCUACAGCAUGUCAAUUCUUUGGUUUACAAUUCUGAUACUGACUUCUGGAGAAAUGGAAGGUUUUUUGUUCAUGCAGGAAGGCAGUUAGUUUCUCACAAGGAUGGAGAUAUUCGCAUCUGUAAAUCUUGGAGAGCUUGGCACUCCCCAGAGUUAACGUUAGUGUCCCCCUUGGCAGUUGUAGGUGGGGAAGAGACCUCUCUUUCUUUGAGGGGACGAAACCUGAAUAUUCCUGGAACCAAGAUUCACAUCACGCAUAUGGGUGGUUACUUAUCAGGAGUUCCAGAACCAGCGAAUGAUGAAACUUCAUUUAAUGAGAUAAAGUCGGUCAGUUUUAAAAUUCAUGGGUUGCCUCCUGGUGUACUUGGUCGCUGUUUCAUUGAGGUCGAGAAUGGUUUGACAGGCACCAGUUUUCCUGUGAUAAUAGCCAAUGCUAACAUCUGUGACGAAUUGAGACUCCUUGAGCGUGAAUUUGAUGAGGGUGCCGAAAUGCAUGGUACUAUUUCAGAGGAUCAUGUUCCUGAUUAUGGGCAAUCCCAGUCAAAGCGAGAGGUACUGCACUUCUUAAAUGAACUUGGAUGGCUAUUCCAGAGGAAGCGAGACUGUUUGCAAUCCGAGGUUCCUGAUUAUGCACUUGCUCGGUUCAAAUUUUUGUUUGUAUUCUCCGUUGAAAGGGACUGUUGUGCCUUGGCUAGAACCCUCCUGAACAUUCUACUAGAAGGCGGGGAGCCAUCAAGAGAGUCUUUAGAGAUGCUAUCUGAUAUUCACCUUCUGACCAGAGCAGUUAAAAGAAGGUGCAGGAACAUGGUUGACUUGCUCAUUCGGUACUCUGUACUCAGUGGUAACGGUACCUCCAAGUACAUUUUCCCACCAAAUUUUGUUGGACCUGGCGGUGUUACACCUCUACAUCUAGCUGCUUGCACCUCCAGUUCAGAUGAUAUCGUUGAUGCUUUAACAAGUGACCCGCAGGAGAUUGGGUUGCACUGCUGGAACUCCCUUCUGGAUGCAAAUGGGCGGUCUCCACAUGCCUAUGCCUUGAUGAGGAAUCACCACUCCUACAACCGGCUGGUGGCUCGUAAGCUUGCUGACCGAAGGAAUGGUCAAUUAUCUGUAUCUAUGGGAGUUGAGAUAGAGCAACAAGGACUUUCCCAAUUCAAGCGGGGGCAGAUCUCUUGUUCUACGUGUGCUGCCGUGGCCUCAAGGUACAACAGGAGGGUGCCUGGUUUACAAGGCUUCCUUCAACAGCCAUACAUGCACUCCAUCCUCGCCAUUGCUGCUGUCUGUGUAUGUGUCUGCCUGUUUUUACGAGGCCAGCCAGAUAUCGGAAGGGUUGCCCCCUUUAAGUGGGAGAAUUUAGGUUACGGCUCAAGUUAAUCCGAAGAAAAAGCAAAUAACCGAGGCUUUGGUAGUUUGGCCGCCGGCUUCUUGGAAUUUUACUUGGGACGGAACAAUGAAAAUUGGAGAUAUUGGGUUGUGAUUCGGGUAAUGAAUGCUGUUGCUGAUUUUGGGGGAUCCUUUUGCAUUUUGACUUUCUUCUUGAUCCGCCUGCCUCCAUAGUAUGUAGAGCGAGCGAAGAGCAUUCCAAGUAAGAGAGGGGUGGUGAAUGAACCUACUAGGAGGACCGGAAAACCCAAGCAAUUUGUGAAAGCGAAAGUGAGGCCAUCCAUUACCCGUUUGAGACUGCGUAAGAAAAAUCUGUUGCUUUUUCUUGGUUAAUUAUGGUGGAGGUUAUUUUGUAAAAAUAAAAAAUAAAAAAAAUUCAUGAGACUACAUAUGGAUUAAUUAUUUUAUGACUGUAAAGCCGAUCACUGCUACUCACUUUAGGAUCAUUUAGGCAUUGUGAUAUUUACAUUAUGGAACAGUGAAAUAUUAUGCUGGAAAUAACAGCUACUUUUCUGUUCCGGAGUUUA